CGAGCUUUCCAGAAUGAUUUCUCUCGCGAAUGCGAGCUCUCCUUGGAUUCCUCACGGCAGCUCCUCAGAUUUGAGCAGUCCUGGAAAUGCGAUUCUUGGCAUGGAUGACGAGCUCGAUCCCAUCCUCUCCAAGGACGACCACAAUGCCGCAUUCCCGGACAGCGAUUGGUUUAUCGCAACGCCACCACCGCCACCGCCACCGCCGCCGCCGCCGCCAAUUCAUCGCCCGGGAAUUCUCAACGUCGAGGCCCUCCAGCUCCAAUCCUUCCUCUGUCGCAGCAUUUUCGAGAAUUCCUCUGGGCAGCCAUCCAUCGUACUCGACAGCGAUGGAUCGAUACUGCUAGACGACAAUGGCCACAUUGUCAGUAGCAGCAAUCCAGCCGCGAUCGCGAGCCCCGCCAAGAACAGGGGAGUGGGAGGAGGAUUCCUGUGCUCCUCCAGCCCCCUGGGAGGAAUCCCAGCGUCAGCCACUGCUGGAAUUCCUGGAAUUCCACUCGCCAAAACCCCCACCACUCCAACAGCGACGUGUAGCAGCAAUCCGGUGGCCAUGGCGAUCAUCUCUCCCAAGAAUGCGGCCAAAAUCCACGAUUCAAGCAGCGGCCGCCCGAGAUUUCUCCCCCCGCACCUCAAUUCCUCCACCACCACGCUUCUUAAGCCACUAUCGGCAUCGCCGCCAAGAACUGGGGCUCGCCCCACGCUCUUCCAGAAGCGAGCACUGCGCCGGGCCGGGGAGCCACACGCACGAUCGUCGACGCUGUCACAAAUCCCUCCUCCAGCGGCAAUCUCCAGCACGCCCGAUCUGGAGAGCCCCAACAUGGCGAGAGAGAAGAGGUAUGGGCAUCUUUUCGCCUCGCCGCCCAAGAACGCCAAGAAUCCUAGCAGCGCGGCGCUGCUCAAGCGGCGAAUCGAGGAGUGGGAGCAGGAAUUCCUGGACGAAGACGAAGAUCACGACCAGGAGAGCGGCGAUGGAUCCGGCGUGGUUGAGCUGGGGAAGAAUCCUGAUUCCGGCAAGAAGGGCGGCGGCGGCGGUGGAUCAAGGAAGGGAAUGCCGGCCAAGAAUUUGCUGGCGGAGAGGCGGCGGCGGAAGAAGCUCAACGAUCGCCUCUACAUGCUUCGAUCGGUGGUGCCCAAGAUCACCAAGAUGGACAGAGCUUCCAUUUUGGGCGACGCCAUCGAUUACUUGAAGGAGCUGCUCCAUAAGAUCAACGAUCUACACAACGAGCUGGAAGCGGCGCAAUCCGAGAAGCAAAUUCCCCAUUCUCUUCCUCCUCCGCCCGAAUUGACGCCCACCUCCACCGCAAGGCCGCUCAUCAAAGAGGAGUCAUCCACGUCCCAAGCUCCCAUCGCCGAGCCGGAGCAGCCAGCGCGGAUCGAGGUGAAGAUGCAAAAGGGCAAGGAUUUCAAUAUACACAUGUUCUGCGGAUCCAGGCCCGGAUUACUGCUGUCGAUGAUGAAAGCUUUGGAUGGUCUCGGAUUGGACGUUCAACAAGCAGUGAUAAGUUGCUUCAAUGGUUUCGUGUUUGACAUCUUCAGAGCCGAGGCAACCAAGGAAGGAGAAGUUGGCCCAGAGGAAAUCAAGACGGUGCUGCUGCACACUGCGGGUUGCCACAGUGUGAUAGCAUGAAAAACGAGAGAACGAGAGAAGAGGGAAAUAUUAUAAUCACGCGAGGAUAGAAAAGAGAGGGUAUUUGUAUCGUAUGCUUUCAUUUUCCACAAUGUAUAAAUCAAUGAAGUCACAACGGCAC